AUUUGCCUGAAUUGAAGUAAAGGUUCCAUUUUGAUAUAGUAGUGGCAGGGAAAAAUCUUCGGUCCGUGAAAUUAAAAGAAGAAAUAAAAUAGUUGGAUUUUUUCCGAAUUAGUAUAAAAAUAAAAAAUUUAUUAAAAUUAUAAUAUUACCUUAUUUCAAUAAUUAUUGUUAUGAAAUUGAGUUUGGCAAAUUAGUUUUUUUUUUAAUUUUCAAUUUCUAAAAUAUUUGCAAGCCUAAUGUCGCUGCUCUCUUAAAUUCAAUGACAAAGUGGUAAAAAAAAAAAAUCUCAUUUAACAGACAACAUUACAUAGCUUUUUAAUUGAAAAUUAAAGUGAAAAUAUAUGAAAAAAAAUUGAGUAGGCGGAUAUUUGUGUGUUUUUAAGGAAAUUGCCUGGUUUAAAGAUUAUUUUUUUUUUUUAGACAAAAAUCAGUAAUAUGUCUGAGUUAUUAAAUAUUGACAGCAUAAUAUCCCGACUUUUAGAAGUUAGAGGAGCUAGACCAGGAAAAAAUGUACAACUAUCAGAAAGUGAAAUCCGUGGAUUAUGUUUAAAAUCACGGGAAAUAUUUUUAUCACAGCCAAUCUUACUGGAAUUGGAAGCACCUUUGAAAAUUUGCGGUGACAUUCACGGGCAGUAUUAUGACUUAUUACGUCUCUUUGAGUAUGGAGGUUUUCCACCAGAAUCAAAUUAUUUGUUUUUGGGAGAUUAUGUCGAUCGUGGCAAACAAUCAUUGGAAACAAUAUGCUUAUUAUUAGCAUAUAAAAUAAAAUAUGCAGAAAAUUUUUUCUUACUUAGAGGAAAUCAUGAAUGUGCUAGUAUAAACAGAAUUUAUGGUUUCUAUGAUGAAUGUAAAAGACGUUACACCAUUAAAUUAUGGAAAACUUUUACAGACUGUUUCAAUUGUUUGCCAGUUGCAGCCAUUGUUGAUGAAAAAAUAUUUUGCUGUCAUGGUGGCUUGAGUCCUGAUCUCACAUCUAUGGAACAAAUUAGACGUAUUAUGAGACCAACUGAUGUACCAGAUCAAGGUUUAUUAUGUGAUCUAUUAUGGUCAGAUCCCGAUAAAGAUACAAUGGGCUGGGGUGAAAAUGAUCGUGGUGUUAGUUUUACAUUUGGAGCUGAGGUUGUUGGGAAAUUUUUGCAUAAACAUGAUUUUGAUUUAAUUUGUCGAGCUCAUCAAGUUGUUGAAGAUGGAUAUGAAUUCUUUGCAAAACGACAAUUAGUUACCCUAUUUUCAGCUCCAAAUUAUUGUGGUGAAUUUGAUAAUGCCGGUGCAAUGAUGUCUGUUGAUGAUACGCUGAUGUGCUCUUUCCAGAUAUUGAAGCCAGCUGACAAACGUAGAUUUGUUUAUCCAGGUUUUAGUGGCUCGGGGCGGCCAUUAACUCCACCUCGUGGCGCAAACAAUAAAAAUAAAAAAAAAUAAAUUUAUUAUUAUUAUUUUUAUUUUCUAAUAAAUAUAUAUUUUUUUAAAUUCCUACACAAAAUUAAAAAAAAAAAAAAGAAGUAAUAGAAUCAUAAAAAAAGAUUUCAAAAUAAAAUAAGAAAAAUAAAAGUAUAAAUAAGUAAGGAAAAAAUAUAUUAAAAAUACAAAGAAGAAGAAAAAAGACACGAAAGAUGUAUAAAAUGAAAUAUUUAACAAACAUAUAUAUAUAUAUAUUUAUAGUGAAAACUGAAAUAUGAAAAAAAUAUCAGUUAUAAAAAUUUUCUAAAGCAACAAAAAAUAGAAAUUUUUGCUAUUAGCAUAGUAAACUUUUUAUAAAUAAAAUAUUUAAUAAAUUUUUUUUUUUCGAAUGAAUUUUAGGCUUUACACCAAUUAGGGAUUUAAUUCAGUAAUAAUUUUUUUUUUAUAUUUAACUAUACCAGAUAAUUCGUCUGAAUUGAAAAUUAGUUUUUGUAGUUUUUAAAUUAAAAUGCUAGUUUUCAUAAAAGCUGAAUCGAAACAGCUGAAUUUUCCUUUUUUUUUUUAUUUUAUAUAUACAUAUAUGUAUGUGUAUUUGAUAAAUUCAAAAUGAAAUUUAUAUUAAGAACGAAAUUUUUGUGUAAAAAAGAAAUAUAUAUAAAUUUAUAUUAAAUUUUUUUUAAUUUUUUACAAAUUUCUUGUAAGUAAUAAUUCUGUAAAGUCAUAAUAUUUUAAAUAAUUCGUGAAAAGAAGCGAUUCAAGAGGCCUUUAAGAAUCUUUUUGCAAAUAAUGUUGAUAUCAUCGAUAUCACAAAAUAAAAUUUUUUACAAAUUUGUAAACUGCAUGGCCAAAUUUUAUUUUAAUUAUAAAUUUUCGAAUUUUUGAGUUUGACUCAAAAAUUUUUACAAUUAUUUUAUAUAAAAAAUAUUUUUUUGAAUUUUUUCUAACUUUUUUAAAUUCUUUAUGUAUAUCUGCAUAUAUAUUUCUUCAUCAAAAAUUUUGUUCUCUAAAAAACGAAAUCGGUUUAAAUAUUUAGUUUUUUAUUAACCAUUUUUUAUGCGUUUUUUUUUUAAGCAAUAUUUUAGUGGAAAAAUAAAAACCUACAACAACAC